AUGCAGGCGCUGUCGCAUGACCUGGUUGCGCAGGUGGCGGCAAGCGCCUACAGCGCGGCGUGCGUCGUCGCGUUCUCGCUCGCGCUUCUGCGCCUGCGCCCCCCUGCGCUGCGCACCGCCGCAUGCCUCGCGGCUUCCGCGGCGCUGUGCCUGGGCCAGCCCUUGAUCUACGCCAGCCCCACGCAGCCUGCGGCCAUCGGCCUCGCCAGCCUCUGCGCGAUGACUACUUGGUCCCUCUGGGGGCUGCUGCUGCUGCCGCGGCGGCAGCUCCCGCAGUCCAUCAUGGGCAUCUUCUGGGCCUGCUUCAUGGAUGGCAUGGACGGCUGCCGCGCGGUGCACGCGCGGCGGCUCGCCAGGCGCCAGACCGCCGCCCAUGCGGCCGACCCCGCCACGCAUGCCCCUCAUGCGGAUGCAGCAGCAGCCGCGAGCGCCGCGUCAGCGUGCCCCGUCCCUUCCGCCCCCUCCGACGAAGGCGCCGGCGCAGGUGCCACGGCAGCGGCUGAGGUGGGCCCCAAGCAGCGCAGCAGGGGCCGACAGCUUGUUCACGUCGAAGCGUUGCCGGCAGGCACCAGCUGCCCAGUGCAGCACGCAGAGCACGGCGACGGCAGCCUCCCCCCAACCCCGGCCGCCGACAGCGCCGAUACCGGAGGCAGCGACACCCCGGCCCCGGCGCUGCUGCCGGCCGCGUGGACGCUGUGCCGCCUCGUCAUCACUUACGACGUCGGCUUCGCGGCGCUCUGCUGCGGCGGCCUGUUCGGAUGCAUGUGCAGCGCCGCGCCUCUUGACACCCUGCUGUCCGCCCCGCAGCGCCUCGGCCCGCUCGCCCAGAUCUUCGGCCCGCGCGCCGCGUAUGUCGCCUGGGCGCUGGCGGCCGGCACGCUGCUGCCGCUCCAGAUGGGCAUCGCGUACGCCCUCACGCGCCUCGCCCUCAUCGCGGCCGCGCGGUGGGGGGCGCCGCUCCUGACCCCCGCCAAGCGGCGGGAGCUCGCGGACCUGGCGCGGCAGCUGCCGCCUGAGGUGUUCGACACGCCGCUCGCGUCCCUCUCGAUCAGCGAGUUCUGGGCCGAGCGGUGGCACCAAUUCCUGCGCCACCACUUCCAGGCCGGCCUGGGUCACAGGAUCGUCGACGCCGCCGCGCGCCCCGCGAUCGACCGCCUCCUCCCGCCCGGCGCCGCCGUGCCCGCCGCGCGCCGCGCGGCGCUGGCCGUCGCGGGCACGGCGGUCGCCUUCACCAUGAGCGGCCUCAUGCAUGAGUACCUCUCCUGGGCUGCCUGGGGCGAGGUCAGCGGGCGCUACAUGGCAUUUUUCGGCCUGCACGGCCUGGCGGUCGUCGCCGAGGGCCUCGGCACGCGCCUGGCUCCGAAGCUCGCCGCGCGGGUGCCGACGCUGCUGAGGCGCGCAUACGUCGUCGGCUUCGCCGCCGCCGUCAGCCCGCUGUUUGUUGAGACGUACCGCCGGCACGGCUACUUCGGCGCGUGCGCCUACCACCCGCUGCUUGCGCCGGUGACGGCGACGCUGCUGCGGCGCGGCGGCUGGUGCGCCGCGGGCUGCGGCCUGGCGUGA